ACAGUGGGAUCCUGAAUCUAUAUAGUGAAGACAAAUGCCUUAAAAAUGAAAACUGUUGAAAUGUUAUUUACUUUUAACUGAACUGCCAGGGAGAACAAAAAUUAAAUGCAUUUGGAUUUAACCCAUUAGUUAUGAGCUUGAGGUAGUGGGAGUACUCAUGCUGGCUAUGAAAUGCCGUACCCAGAAGACAAGUGAAAACCCUGGUGGAUUCAAAUAUCUCCUUGAUAGGCUCAGACUCUCUUAAUCAGCCUGUAAUGGAGCUAAUGGCUGUUUGUCAUCCUUGGAGAUAUAAAUUUCCUGGCGAUGUCUACUGCAGACAGUGCAUGAAGUAUGCUCUGUGUGCCAGCAAGGGCUGAUAAUCAGGGGAAGGGCAGGGUGCUUCAUUAGAGAGGAGGAGAAGAGCAGAAGCUGCCGGUAUACAGAACUCUGCUUUUCCACUACUGAGACAUGGAUAAUGCUGUUGAUGGACUGGAUAAGGCUUCCAUUGCGAACUCAGAUGGACCUACUACAGGUUCUCAGACACCUCCUUUCAAGAGAAAGGGUAAACUCUCUUCUAUAGGCAAGAUCUUUAAACCUUGGAAAUGGAGAAAAAAGAAGACCAGUGACAAAUUUAGAGAGACCUCAGCAGUGUUAGAAAGGAAGAUAUCCACAAGACAAAGUAGAGAGGAGCUGAUAAGAAGGGGAGUGCUUAAGGAAUUGCCUGAUCAAGAUGGAGAUGUAACUGUAAACUUUGAAAAUUCAAACGGGCACAUGAUAUCCAUCGGAGAGGAGGCCACCCAAGAGGAAAAUAUAGUAAAGUCUGAAGAAGGUAAUGGCUCUUUGUCUGAAAAAGCAACAUCUGUGGAAGAAAAAGCAGAAGAUAAGAAAGAGAACCCCGAAAACCACUCUGAAACACCGGCACACCCAGUUCCAGCUCCUCCUAAGCCCAAGCCUAAACCUAAACCUAAAAAACCAGCUGCACCUCCAAAGGGGGCCGCUGCUUUACAGGCAAGCCACAAAGGUGAUGAAGCACCACCCAAUAAAAAAACCACCAAGGCUCCUGGUAAGCAGCCCCCCAUCCCACCUCCAAAGCCAACAAGCCGAGGGGUAAAUCGAGAGGUCGCCAGUUCCUCUCACUUGAAAAAAACAGCUGUGUCCAAGUCAUCAUCUUCCCCCUCAACUUCAACCACCUCAUCUCGUUCCAAAGCUUCGAAGGAGCCAACUUCCAGCAAAACAGCUGCAGCGGGAACUUCACGGGGCAAAAAGAAAGCAGGGAAACAGUCAACCCCCCGGCCACCUUCCGAAAAAGCUGUUUCUGCCACAUCCAACCUCAAGGGAGAGCCUUUAGAAACCAGAGUGGAAAAUCUGAAGUCAGAUCCAUCUCUCCCCACUUCAGAAGAACAGAACACAGACAUACAGAAUAAGUCAGUAGUCCCUCCUCCACCUGUAGCACCACCUCCCCCUCCACCAGCUCCUCCUCUUCCUCUGGAAAAUCAGUCCAUUAAUGUCUCUGAUAUCCCAGCAGUCACCAUUAGCGAUGGGGCCAGCCUAUCUGUCUCUGCCUUAGACUCAAGUCAUCCUAAGACAGAAGAGGUGACAGACAGAACCACUCUUUCCUCAGAUACCAGUUUGGGUGUUAACAGAGAAAACACAAAAUGUUUGACAACCAAAGAAGAGCUGAUUAAGGAUGCGCCACGGCUAAUGAUUCCUGUUUUGAUGGGAGAGUCUUCUGAAUCUCUCAGCAGCACAGAGAUUGAAGUUCGAAGAGAGAACCAAGCUAAUGAUUCUGAUUCAGAUGGGCCUAUUUUAUAUACUGAUGAUGAUGAUGAUGAUGAUGAUGAUGAAGAUGAUAGUAGUGAAAGCGCUUUGGCAAGUAAAAUACGUCGCCGAGAUACUCUUGCCAUCAAACUUGGCAACAGACCUUCUAAGAAAGAAUUGGAAGACAAAAACAUCUUGCAGCGAACCUCUGAAGAGGAAAGACAGGAAAUUCGACAACAGAUAGGAACAAAGCUUGUCAGGCGAUUAAGCCAGAGGCCAACAAGUGAAGAGCUAGAGCAAAGAAAUAUCCUAAAACAAAAAAAUGAAGAAGAAGAACAAGAAGCGAAAAUGGAACUGAAACGCAGACUCAGCAGAAAGCUCAGUUUGAGACCAACAGUGGCUGAGCUACAAGCGAGAAGGAUUCUGCGGUUUAAUGAGUAUGUCGAGGUCACCGAUUCUCCUGACUAUGACCGCCGGGCAGACAAACCCUGGGCCAGAUUAACACCUGCAGAUAAGGCAGCAAUAAGGAAAGAGUUAAAUGAAUUUAAAAGUACAGAAAUGGAAGUCCAUGAAGAGAGUCGACAGUUUACAAGGUUUCAUCGCCCCUAAUGAAAUACAAGAUUAUUUUGAAUCAUUUACUGAUAACCUUUGGGGAAAACAUUGUUUCCUGAAGACCUGAGAUUGCACUGGAAUUUGAAUGUGUGUGUGUGUGUAUUGCAGCUUAACCUGUGAUUAAAAGAAUGGCCCUUUGUUUUAUUGGAGAAGAACUCCUCCCUUUUGUUGGAGAGCUCUGAUAUAAGGAAAAAGGGAAAGAUGUAGUGGUCCUUUUUGUCCAGCAAGUGUUGAUGGUAAGAGAUACUCUACUUCAGCCAUGACCAACUUACAUGGUUAAACAGACUUAUUAAUUAGAAUUUGACCAAGGAAGAUGGCAGAAGACAAUCGUGAGCUUUCUUUUUUCAGGAAUUUACAUUCAGGAAUACAAAGUUUUAUGGUAAUCAAGGAAAAUGUGGACUGGGAUUAUGAGGCACUGGGAAUCAAGGUGGAAGAGGAAAAGGAAAAAAAUAAGUACAUCAGCUUAAUAGAAGUCAGACAACUAAGGUUUAAAUGUAUUUUUUGACAUGGGAAUUUGUUAGGUAAGAAUGAUCACCCAAGAAAGGAUUUAAAAGUAUGACUACCUAAUGAUUCCAGUCUGUCUUAGGAAGACUGUUGACAUUUCAUCAUUACUUUUAUAAAACACAGUAGUUUUAAUUUAUUUGGUGUGAGUAAACCCAGUUGCCAGGAAUGAGUCUAAGUGUUUUCAUACAUAUUUUUCAUAAAUGCAAGAGGCUUGCACAGACUCUUAUCCAGCAUGCUUAAAGAAACUAUGUUGCAUGCUCAAGUAGCAAAACUAAACAUGCUUUACAUAUUUUUAUACUCUUACUCAAUGUACCUUCCAUGCUGUUAGAAUUACAGGGGUGGGAGUAAAGUAGGAAAUAAUGUGAUUCUUUAGGACUGCAACAAGUUUAGAAACAGACUAUAUGGUUUUUGUUUCAAGCUAUUAUCUCAGAAGUGAGAAUGCCCUUCCUAUGAAGAAAAGUAAUUGACAAUCAUGAUACCAUUUUGAUACCAAAUUAAUUUUGAACCCAAAGUCAAAACUCAAGUGAAUUACAGGUGUCCUGCCUAUAAUUAGUUUCAAACAGAAAUUAUCAGAACUUUAGUUUUUAUUUAUUUAUUAUUAUUAGUUUAAAUGCUGCAUUAUUUGGGAUCUUUCAAAUGCUGCUACAAAGAAAAAUGUGUGGAUUAAUAAGUACUCAGCAAGAGACUUUAAAACUUCACAUAAAUUCUGCUAAAUUAUGUAAAAAAUGCUUAGUCUCAUUUUAAUUUGUAAAAUGUAUCUGAGUAUAGUAUUAACUAUCAAAGAAAAAUGAUCAGUAAGACUGGAGUAUGGGGGGAAAUCUGGGUAUUUUUUAUGUUGGUCAAAGGUGAGGUCAGUAUUGUUUACACUAAGGUAUUCUCUAUUGUCUUACUUGUUAACACUUCCCAUUGAGUGUGUGCAUUAUGUGACUCCUCCCAAAUACCUGUAUCCAUAAAGAGAGGUUAUAAUUCUUUUGUUUAAACUUUUUUUUAAAUGUAUGUAAAUACUGUAAUAUGUUUAAUAAUAAUUUGUAAGCCCGUUCUCCUUUUUUUAAUACAUAAAAAUAUUGAUAUUAAGGCAAGGUUUGAGUAGGGUUUUCACUUUUCCCUCAGAUCAUGAGCUGGAUAUUCCUGAAUGUCUUUGGUUCAAAAUAGUGAAGAUUAUAAUUUUGAUUUCAGAGGAACGCAUGAAAUCUGGUAGCUAAAUUUAGAUCUCACUAUUUAUUGAUAUUUUCAAGAACAGCUAACUGGAGAGUUUGGGGCUAAUUUUUGUAAAAUAUAUUUAAGCUAGCUCUUUUUAAAUUUAAGUAGGCUGCACAAUCAUUUGUUCAUAUUCUAUGUUUAUGUGGCUUUUUCAGUUGACUGAAGAGUUCAGAUUCUAUCAGAAUCCCAUAAAUCAUUCAGGACCUCUUAGUUCUAUAGCAGGAAUAACCAGAACUAUUUGGUAGCUAAUAGAAGCGGGCAUCCUUGUUUCAUCCCUUGAUGUAAUGAAUUAAUAACAGAAUUAAUAUAGAUUCUGAAGUAUUUUCAUUUUAUAAAAAUUAAGAGAUGUUGCAUUGAGGAAAUGAUGAAAAUAUGGUCAUUCUGCAUGUGGAAGUACUUUUGACUUGGUUUUAUCAAUUUCUAUAGCAAUUUCCAAACAGCCAUAGAAAUUAAUUCUAAACUAAAAGGUGGCAACAUGAUUUUCUUUCAUAUCAUGUUGUUUUUUCAACUUCAAAUACCAAAGAAUAUAUUGUUUGACACUUUUAUAUUAAACUUUGCAACCUUAAAAAGAAAACAUGAUUACCAAUAAUCAAGGCCCUAUGUAAAUAAUGAAAGCCAGAUGUUUAUACCAACUUUUCACACACAUGAUAUGUCAUAGAAUGUUCAUUGUUUGACUGAUAAAAAAAAAAAACUCUUGUCAGUUGAUAUGCUACAUUAUCUAGUUUUUUCUGUCCUGUAUUGAAAUGCAUACAGAUUAGGGAAAAACUUAAUUGUCUGAGUAAAUUACAUACCAUGUACCAUUAUAGGCUCAGACUUGGAAAUUGUACAUUUAAUUGUAGUUGACCAGUAGAUAGAAAGCUUAAAGGACUGAAAAAGCUGAAUCAGAUGGGUCCUAAUCUGGGACUUGUAUGACUAGAACCACUGAUUAUUUUAGUAGGGCUUCUUCAUGUUAAGUCAAAACAAGAAUUACUUACAAGAGCAUGUGACCUCAUCUAAAAUCCCUGUUAAAAGCAUUUCUAUUUCAAAUUGCCCUACAACUCUUGGAUUUCCAACAGUUUCCUUAGGUUAACAGUCUAAAUCAUUAUUGACUGGUCUAGAGCUGGGACGGCAGGAGAGAAUUGGCUAUUUCCUUUAAAUUGUGUAAAACCUGAACAUGGUAUUCAAUGUUCUUUCUAGGAGAAUACCAAUCAAACCUGAAUUUCUAAUGAGUUUGAUCAGCAAUUAAAAACACCUAAAUUAUACCAAAUGAACAUAUUUUUAACCAAUUAAAAUUUUCAGCUUUUAUCACUAACAUAAAACAGUCAUCCCAGAACUAUUAAAUAAAUGUUCAGUUUGAACUUUAUGGCAGCAUGACUAAUCUAUUCUUUCUGAAAAAUUUGCAGAUCAAUAUCACUUAACAGCUUUGUAAUAAUUUUCUUUAAUCAGAAAUACAAGGUGAUCACAUCAGGACCACUGCUGUCCUUUUGUUUCUUAUAUUUUUAUCUGAACUAAUUCUGGUCCUAAAGUUCUAAAUUCUAUUAAAUAUCUAAAGAGGCAGAAUUUUGAUUUAUUAUGUAUUUGUUGAUAUUUAUGUGAAAUUAGACAUGUUAUUUAUAUGAAAUAUAAUAUAAAAUCUCCCCAAUUAACCAGCAAAAAUAUUUUGGCUACUCAGAUAAUGCAAAUGAAAAAAUUAUCAAGCAUUAACUCUUUACCUAUCAGGAUUACCUUUCUAUUUUUAGUCUUUCCUUUCUCUGAAUGAAUGAAAAGUAUUUAUUAAGUACUUAUCAUGUGCCAAGCAUGUUAAUAAUAUCCACUAUUAUAGGAAAAACAUAUAAUCUCAGCAUUAGUUUCAAUUUGACUACAGAAAAGUAUAUUGUAAGAAAAUCAGAAGCACUGAAUAUACAAUAAGAAUCACUAAAUAUUGUAAAUAAGAGAUAAAUUCCCUAAAGAGUUAUGGCUCAUAAACCUCCUAUUAAUUCAGUCCUGCAUCAGCACUUUUUGUAAUAGUGGCUUAUAAUGAAGAUAUGAGCAUUAACACUGCAUUUUUAAUUUAUCGCCACAGUAUCAAAGAAGUGUUAAUAGUCAUUUUACUUGUUUUUCUGUGGCAUUAGAUUUAUACAGCUGCCAAAAAUUAGCAUUAUCUUACUGUGUGCAGGAUAGAAAAAUAAAGCAUUGUUUCCCAGCUAUAGAGGCAUGUCUUGAUUUCUCUUCCCACUUUCCUCCUUAAAAACCAAUUCAAAGCAUUUAAAGUUACAAUCCUUUAGUUAAUGGCAGCAUCAGAUUUUGCACAGUUCAAAAUCUUGACCCUAAGCAACAUAAUGAUAUUACACCCUCUGCAAAAUGGAUAGGUCUUUUCUGCUUGGUCUCAAAUUCUCCAAAUUUAAAUUCCAGGCAUGAUUAUUAUCACAUUGGAAAAGUCACAAAUUGAGGCACCUAAUCCCACUGCUUUAAAUUGCUCACUUUAGAAAAUGAAUUAAUUCUUUCAGAAGAUUAGGUCAAUUAUUGGGUGCUAAGGAAUAACUGAGUUUACAGUAAGUUUUCUUAGUUAUAGUCUGAUGUCAAUUUCAAGCAAAGUCAUUCUACUAUGAGUUCCUAAAGAGAAACCAAGAGAUUUUAUGGUAGUGUGGUAUUAUUUUUUGGUAGUAUGGUAUUACCUUCUGCAAAUCAACUCUUUAUAUUUUUUAAGGCAUUUGGGGAAUGGGUGUAGGAAAUAAUUUCAAUUCACAUGGGAUUUAAUAGAUGUCAAGUCUUAUUUUAUUUCUUGUCUGUAGGCCAGACUUUUGAGUCUGUCUAUAUGUUAUAAUUUGAAGGAGUAGGAGAUAGAUAUUCUUUCCCCAAAUAAAAUAGCCUAUAUUGUUCCUUCUCUCCUUGUAGUCAAACUCUUCAUUGAGUCUUGAAGUCUUUCCAUUCUUAAAAAGUUCUCCCUCACCUUUUCACUGCCAAACAGAAAUCUCUUUGGUGCCAUAGUGUGUAAAUGUGGGGUUGGGGAAUAUCCUGUAUUAAGAUAAGCAUGAUUAGUUAGCCCUUUAGUGAGGAUCUCUGGGCAUCUUACUGAGAGGAAGACCCUGAGGAAUAAGCAAAAAAUUAGGCAUUUAGCUGUGUUUUAGUGCCAAAUGCUAACACCACCUUACUUCAGAAUUAUGUCUUAUUAGUCAGACUGCCUGCCACUUACCCUGGGAUUGUUGACUUGUUUAACAAAAACAAUAAAGGGGGUGAGAUGGGGAGAUGAAUAGCAUUCCAUUUCUGGAAACAGAAACUGCAUUUUAUCAAUUCAUCAUCAUAUUUGACCAAGCAAACCACAGCUCAUGGGUUCAAAACCCACCACUGAAGCUGUUGGACAGGCCUUUGAGCAUUGUAAGAAAAGCUACAUGGUUGUUUUCCUAAUAAGAUUUGUAAAUAUUAUAAUUACAUAGAAAUUGUGGAUUAACCAUGAACUGAACACACAUUGUUAAUUUAUCUUGAAAUGAAAAUCAUGCCAAGUUUUACAUAGGUAAGACAUUAAAAUUUGUUUAAAAACAAUACUGAAACAUGCCCAUUCUAUUUGCUACCGCUUAUUGUAGUAGCAUCUUAUUGGUAAUAGUUUUAAGAUUGUUGAGAAAGAUUAGUUUCAUCAGAGACAGAGAUGAAUUAGUGAUUAUCCAUCCUUAAUUUAAUCAAAAUGAAAACAUUAAAUAUUAUUUUAGAGAGCUAUUUAUUAAAGAAUGAUUGUUGUGAACUUUUAGAUGGUGCUUAUGAAUUUGUUUCUUUCCAAAUAGAAAGUGGUAUUCUUUUUUUUAAUUUGAGAAUAAAAGGAGUAUGUAGGGCAAAGUGCCACUCCAUUCUCAGGUCAUUUUUUAACCUAUGUUUAAAGUCAAUAUUUGUGCCACUUGUGAAUUUUUUGGUUUUUUUUCUCCUGUACUGUAUGGUUGUUAUGGUUAACAGGGUAUUCAAUAUCAUUGUUAAAUUGCUCUGAGAAACUUCACAACAAAAUGUAGCCUGUGAUGGGUUAGUUAGCAUUAAAAAAAUACUAAUUUACCCAAGAUAAAUAUAUAUAUAUAUACAUACAUACAUAUAUAUAUAUAUAGGUCAACUAAAAUCAAGGCACUAAUUUUUGUUGUAAUUUUCCAUUUUCAGUACUUUAUUCCAUAACUUAGGAUUCCCCAUGUCUCCAAUCUAUUCUGCAUGAAUUUCACCAUGUUUAGUACCUGGUAAAGCCUAAAAUGUCUUGUCAUUUAUUUGCUUUUUUCAGAAUAUAUCAGAUGUAACAGAAAUGUUAAAGAAAUACAUACCUUUUUGUUAUCACAAACUUUGGUUAUAGUAACAAGAAUUGUGAGCUCUGAUCAAUAUCCAACAGGCUGAUGCUAGAUUUCUAGUGAGUGAUCUGAUGUUGUAUAUUACACAGGUGUGAUGCCUAUGAAUGUAAAUAAUUGAUGAAAAUGACCGUAUCUUUUUGGUUCUUGAUAUGUAAUGUACUAUAAUAUGUGUGUGAAUAUGGAGAUACACACAUGUAUAUGUAUUCCACUCUUGUAAUCUGAACAAAAAGAAUAUGUAUUAUCUUUUUAUACAGUACCUGUGUUUGUGUUUAUUAUUUAAAAAGCAAAAAUGUUUUAUCCAAUUGUAUAAUAUUUUAGGAUAUUUCGCUGUGCACAAUUCCAAGUGCCUUAGAACAUUGUGUAGCUUUCUUAAUUAUAUAUAUAAAUGCAUAUAUGUGUAAAAAUGAGAAAUUUUACCUCAAUAAAACAGUUGGGAAAAUCCCCACUGAGUUUCCACAGUGUAUAAGUUGCCUGAGGUAAGAACUCAGAAUGUUUAUAUUUAUAUAUUAAGAUAACAAAGUAAUAAUGUUCCUUAAAGACUUGGUUUAUCAUUUCCACCCAACUUUCUGAAAAGUGUGAAUUAUGUCUUUUGUAAUGAUUUCAUUCUUAAAAAUCACUGUCCAAGAAAUUACUGUUAAUGUUAAUCAACUAAAGUUUUAAAUGUUUUUCUUUAAUAGUUAUUAAAUAUUGAUGUUUCA